GCCCGUUCACAGCUUGGUUGAGCGCGUUCCCGCGAUAGAAUACGCAAUUCUCGGCAUAACACCGGAAGCUCCACACUUCCUGGCUUCUGGUCCACUCCUAUUGGCUGAGCUCGACGCGAACGCUCUGCUGUGAUUGGACCAGCUCCAGAUCGCCUACAGCUGCACCAACACAACAGAGCAGAAACACUCCGGUGAGUCCAACUAACCGGAAACGGAGCUCACCUGCAGCUGCUCCGUGACUACGGCGGGGUCCAGCGGCAGGUAGGAUGUCGUCCAAACCCUGGCCCAAAGGCAGAAAACUGGUCCACCUGGACCUGAAAGGCGCUCCCCCGCGAAGUGAAUACCUCCACACGCUGAUACAGGUCUUCUCCCAGCUGGGAGCUGACGGCCUGCUGGUGGAGUAUGAGGACAUGUUUCCUUAUGAGGGGGGUCUACAGCUGCUGCAGGCCACAUCUCAGCCUGCUUACAGCCUAAAGGAAGUGUUGUCCAUGCAGGAGUUUGCUAAAUCAAAGGGUAUGGAGGUGAUCCCACUCGUGCAGACUUUCGGUCACAUGGAGUUUGUGUUGAAGCAUCGGUCCAUGUGGCCCCUCAGAGAGGUCCCACACUGCGUGGGCACACUCAAUCCCCACAAAGAGGAAGGGGUGAAGCUGGUGAUGGAGAUGCUGAGGCAGGUGGUGGAGCAGCAUCCUGGUCUGAGCACGCUGCACAUUGGAGCAGAUGAGGUUUACAUGCUUGGUGAGGGGGAGGAGUCCAAACAGUGGCUGCUUUCACCUGAACAUACAGUGGAGCAACUUUUCCUGAGUCAUGUGACCACGGUGGCCAAAGCUGUAAAGGAGGCGUGGCCUCAUUUGUCCAUCAUCAUGUGGGAUGACAUGAUGAGAGGCAUGAGCCAGGACACGCUAAAAGCAAGUGGUCUGGUUGGCCUGGUGCAGCCGAUGUUGUGGGACUACACCCCUAACCUGAAUGUGGAGAAAACUGUGGCGUUGCUGGAGAAGUACUUUGGUGCUGGUAUGUCGGACCUCUGGGCAGCCAGUUCCUUUAAAGGCUCCACCGCUGUUCACACCUGCGUGACGAACACACAGAGACAUGUAGAUAAUCACCUGCAGUGGCUGAAGGUGGCUUCCUCUCUCUCUGCUGGCAUCAGCCUGAGGGGCAUCGCCAUCACAGGCUGGCAAAGGUAUGACCACCUGUCGGUGCUGUGUGAGCUGAUGCCUGUGGCUCUUCCAUCUCUGGCAGCCUGUCUCCAGACUCUCCUUCACGGGGAGUUCAGUCUGGAGGCUCAGAGCAGUGUCACUCAGAAGCUGGGAGUGUCUUCAGUGGAGGUGGAGGCCAUGGAGCGAACAUCUGCUGCUGACUCGCUGUUCCCUGGAAGGAGGCUGGCUGAGUUCAUCGUGGAGCUAAAUUCACUACUUAGCUCAGAGGAGUUGAGGUUUUUUGAAAACAACAUGUAUGUGAGAGGCUGGUUCAGCCCCUACCACCAACGCAGGAAGGUGGUCAACCCGCUGAUCUCCAUGCAGAUCCACAGCCAAGCAACAGAGUUGUUGAAGUUGUUACAAAGGAAGAGCGAGGCGGUGAGGAAAGAGAUGGUGGAGGUCUACCCGGACUCUACCGCUCAGGAGUGGAUGGAGGAGCACGUCAGCCCUGUAGCAGCUCCUCUUCAGCGUCUAACACAACAUAUCCAAGUUUGUCUGCAGGACAUGGUGCCAUAAAAACGAGGUUUAUCUCAUCAGACCUUCGUUCUGGACUGGAUUAGUCACAUGUCGACAUAUUUUAGCAUUUUUCUGUGCUUCUGCUCCUGCAUGGGGCAUGUGUGGGUUAGAGGCUGACAAUUUUUGGGAUCCCAAUGGGUCACGUGAUUCCCAUGGAAUGGGAGUCAAUUUAUAAUCACAAAACAGGAAAAUGAUCAACAGGAGUGGGGCGGGAGUGGGAAUAAUAAUGAAUGUAGAUUUUUGUUCAAUAUGAAACUCUUGUCUUUUAAUUAAUGUGCCAUUUUUACUUGCAUUUACAGUGGGGCAAAAAAGUAUUUAGUCAGCCACCGAUUGUGCAAGUUCUCCCACUUAAAAUGAUGACAGAGGUCAGUAAUUUUCAUCAUAGGUACACUUCAACUGUGAGAGACAGAAUGUGAAAAAAUAAUCCAUGAAUCCACAUGGCAGGAUUUUUAAAGAAUUUAUUUGUAAAUCAGGGUGGAAAAUAAGUAUUUGGUCAAUAACAAAAAUGCAACUCAAUGCUUUGUAACAUAACCUUUGUUGGCAAUAACAGAGGUCAAACGAUUACUAUAGGUCUUUACCAGGUUUGCACACACAGUAGCUGGUAUUUUGGCCCAUUCCUCCAUGCAGAUCUUCUCGAGAGCAGUGAUGUUUUGGGGCUGUCGCCGAGCAACACGGACUUUCAACUCCCUCCACAGAUUUUCUAUGUGGUUGAGGUCUGGAGACUGGCUAGGCCACUCCAGGACUUUCAAAUGCUUCUUACGGAGCCACUCCUUUGUUGCCCGGGCGGUGUGUUUGGGAUCAUUGUCAUGUUGGAAGACCCAGCCACGUUUCAUCUUCAAAGCUCUCACUGAUGGAAGGAGGUUUUGGCUCAGAAUCUCACGAUACAUGGCCCCAUUCAUUCUGUCCUUAACACGGAUCAGUCGUCCUGUCCCCUUAGCAGAAAAACAGCCCCAAAGCAUGAUGUUCCCACCCCCAUGCUUCACAGUAGGUAUGGUGUUCUUGGGAUGCAACUCAGUAUUCUUCUUCCUCCAAACACGACAAGUUGAGUUUAUACCAAGAAGUUCUACUUUGGUUUCAUCUGACCACAUGACAUUCUCCCAAUCCUCUGCUGUAUCAUCCAUGUGCUCUCUGGCAAACUUCAGACAGGCCUGGACAUGCACUGGCUUCAGCAGCGGAACACGUCUGGCACUGCAGGAUUCGAUUCCCUGCCGUUGUAGUGUGUUACUGAUGGUGACCUUUGUUACCUUGGUCCCAGCUCUCUGCAGGUCAUUCACCAGGUCCCCCCGUGUGGUUCUGGGAUUCUUGCUCACCGUUCUCAUGAUCAUUUUGACCCCACGGGAUGAGACUUGCGUGGAGCCCCAGAUCGAGGGAGAUUAUCAGUGGUCUUGUAUGUCUUCCAUUUUCUGAUAAUUGCUCCCACAGUUGAUUUUUCACGCCAAGCUGCUUGCCUAUUGUAGAUUCACUCUUCCCAGUCUGGUGCAGGUCUACAAUUCUUUUCUUGGUGUCCUUCGAAAGCUCUUUGGUCUUGGCCAUAGUGGAGUUUGGAGUCUGACUGUUUGAGGCUGUGGACAGGUGUCUUUUAUACAGAUAAUGAGUUCAAACAGGUGCCAUUAAUACAGGUAACGAGUAGAGGACAGAAAAGCUUCUUAAAGAAGACGUUACAGGUCUGUGAGAGCCAGAGAUUUUCCUUGUUUGAAGUGACCAAAUACUUAUUUUCCACCCUGAUUUACAAAUAAAUUCUUUAAAAAUCCUGCCAUGUGAAUUUAUGGAUUUUUUUUUCACAUUCUGUCUCUCACAGUUGAAGUGUACCUAUGAUGUAAAGUAUUGACCUCUGUCAUCAUUUUAAGUGGGAGAACUUGCACAAUCGGUGGCUGACUAAAUACUUUUUUUCCCCACUGUAGUUCUGGCUGACCUGACCACGCGGGAAAACACGUUCAACAUCUUCUCUUCACUUGCCAAAAGAAAAGAAUCUUCCUUAAAACUAGAAACUGCAGAGCGUUUGUGGACAGUUUGCACUGAUUCUGUGACACAGAGCUGAUUUUCAAUAAUCCAUCAGAGAUCAUCUCUGGUGUCUGCAGCAGCGCCUCUUCCGAGCAUGACAAACACAAGGUCAUUUCUUAUUAUUGCGAUGUUUAUGCUGAACUAAAACACCAUUUUGUCCUUUAUCAGAGUAGCUUAGCAAACAGCUGAGAUAAACCCACAUCUCUUAAAGGAGCAGGAACAUUAGGCUUUAUGAACUGUGAAGGACGUCGUAACAUAAAAGGCGUGGUCAGGAUUUUAAAAGCUAACGUUUUUCUGAAUAAAUCAGCCUUCCAAUCUCUGCCUUCUGGCUGCAUUUUCUGGCCGUGCCCUUUUAACCCUCUGGAGGCAGGCGUUGCAGAUUAGCAACAUUAAAACCUACCUGGUUACUCCACAAACGUGUUUCAUGAGCAUUUUUUAACUCAGAAGUACCCCUGAAGGACUUAGUUGUUCAUCCUUUUAUCAAAACUUAUUUUGAGCCUGAGAGGGUUCAGCCUCAGCAGCAGAUGAGGGAUCGAGUGCAGCUGGAAAGGGAGUUGGUGCAGGAACAUCCUACAGGAGCAGGUAAACAGGUGUUCAUAACAUGAACCAUUAGAGCAGAUAGAAAUAUUCGUGUGUAUUCUGAUGUUUCAUAAUAUUGCCUAAUAGAAUCUCAUAACUGUCUGAUAAAUUCUCGGUUUAUUUUCUAAGCAGAGAGACGGUCAAAUCCUCAUUUUCUAAGUUUUGCAGAAUUUUUUUUAAUUAUUUCAUCAUAUUGUCACAAUAAAAAUAUGUAUAUUAUAUAAAG